CACUAGGCCCCUGCGUGCCAUGCUCUGAUCCAGCAGCCCGGGGACAGUAGGGCCCGCCCGUGCCCUGCCCUAUUCUGGGGUCCUUUGCCAUAGGUGCCUUCCAUCAGCGUGGCCCUUGUUGAAAUUUCCUGGCCUUUCACGUGUUGCACCAUCUUGAUCUGCCUGGCUACCCUCACUGCCAAUUGUGGGUGCUGCUCUCCUGGAAGCAGCAGGUCCCAACAUGUGAUGCGUGUUCCUUGGCAUCGGGAUAGAGUUUUGCAAGAGUUGGAGGUCUGCUUGGAUCGAGAUGGAGUAUUACAGUUCUCAGCUGUCCUGGACCAUUCAUUUUCGGGGAAACCAUUGGCAGACUUCUAUGCUGGCAUUUCAGGCGUCCCUCCCCAUGAGAGCAGAACCACGGAAGAAAAAGAAGGCAGAUCCAAGGAGAGAACAAGCACAAAAGGACCGUAUGAAGAAAAAGAUAAAAAAGCUGGAAAAAGCUGCCCAGGAAAUGAUUCCCAUUGAGGAUUUUGUAACACCAUUCAAGUUUUUGGAUGCUUCAAGAGCGCGAGAUAUCUCCCCGCUGUCCUUUGAGGAGAGUGAAAGGCGAGCCCUGCUCCUGAAGAAGUGGGCCCUGUACAAGCAGAAAGAGCAUGAGGCAGAGAUGAAAACAUUGAAGUCUCUUAUGGCAGCUCAGCAGGAGGCACUAGAGGAAUUGCGUCUCGAAUCAGAAGAACUUUACCAAGCAGCAAUAAGACGAGAUGAUGACCUGUUUCCCUUUGAGAAGGAGGGGCCUACUUACACACCACAGGUUCCUGGCUAUGAGGCUCCUGAAGGGAAAUGCAUCGACAUUACCAAAGUGUACACACAGUGAGAUCAGAAGAUUCUGCCACGCAGCAGCAUUAAAGUGCAUGAAAGGAGGACACAAUGGGAUGCGACUAGACUAUUUCUUUUGCUUUUUCAAACAUCCCUAUGCACAUGGCUGUCAAAAGAAAAUAAAAACACCACAUGUCCUUGUUCCUGUUCUUUUUACAACUGACCAUCUUGACAAUAAAACCAAAAUACUUUAGAACCCCAUUUAUCUAACCCUCCCUUAGCCAGUUCUCUGCAUUUACCGUGACUCCAUGGCCAGAAGCGGGCAAUCUCUCCUGUAGCCAUUAGAUGGUGCUGUGGCAUGGCAUUUUCCCAUUCCCUGGUUUAUUCAGAGUUUUGAUUCUGAUCUGGCCUCAUCCCAAUGAGACCAGAUAAACAGGGUACUACUGUACUGCAUUUUUGUGCCACAAACUGAAGCGUGGUCCCAUGUAGGGAACUGUGGCUUCAGUGAACAUUAUUUUUUCACUUAUGGAAUAUUUUUUCCCCUUUCAUUUAUUCCUGAGUAACAAAUCCUCACUCUGGACAAACCAUAGUUCCUGAGGGUAUAAUUAUGCCAUGAAGAAAAAUUGUUAAAGCGAUCGUAUGUCAGUCUGCUGUAGUGGGAAGAUAACUGUCAGUUUCUCCUUUAGCUCCAAUUCAGGUUUUGUUGAGGUGCCUGUGUACAAAUCAAGGGGAAAAUAGAUAUGACAUAUCACAACAAAGUAAAUAUAGCUAUUUAUACUGCAUGGCUAAUGUGAUAAGACAUUCCAUUUUAACUGAUUUGCUUAAAGCCAUAAGACUUA